GAUUCAUUCCUGUCUGUAGUCUUGGAGUGGCUCAAGUGGGCAGGAUGAACUUUGGAAAGGAUGUCAGCACCUUGAAAUAUUUCACCAUCUGUGGCUUACAAGAGGGCUAUGAGCCAUUUGCUGUUAACACAAACAGGGAUAUUACCAUGUGGCUAAGCAAGAGGCUUCCUCAGUUUCUCCAGGUCCCACCAAAUCAUGAGCAUAUCGAGGUGACCAGAAUAGACGGCACCAUAGACAGUUCUCCAUGUUUGAAGGUGACUCAGAAGUCCUUUGGUUCUCAGAAGAGCAGCACCGAUAUCAUGUUCUAUCGCCUGAGCAUGCCUAUCGAGUGCGCAGAAGUCUUCUCCAAGACGGUGGCAGGAGGACUCCCAGGCGCCGGCCUCUUUGGGCCCAAGAAUGAUCUUGAGGACUAUGAUGCAGAUUCUGACUUUGAGGUUCUAAUGAAGACCGCUCAUGGCCAUCUGGUGCCAGAUCGAGUUGACAAAGACAAGGAAGCCACAAAACCAGAAUUUAAUAACCACAAAGAUUAUGCUCAGGAAAAGCCCUCUCUCGCCUUUGUACCUGUAGCUGCAGAGGAGGCCAGGAUGAUGUGCCUGCUGCUUCAGUACCUCUGUGACUGCCAGGUCCGGCACCGGAUAGAAGCCAUUGUGGCCUUUUCAGAUGACUUUGUAGCAAAGCUCCAAGACAAUCAACGCUUCCGAUACAACGAAGUGAUGCAAGCCUUAAACAUGUCAGCUGCACUCACUGCCAGGAAAACGAAGGAAUUUAGAUCGCCCCCUCAAGAGCAGAUCAAUAUGCUUCUCAAUUUUAAGGAUGACAAAAGUGAAUGUCCAUGUCCUGAAGAAAUCCGUGACCAACUCUUAGAUUUUCAUGAAGAUUUGAUGACACAUUGUGGAAUUGAGCUGGAUGAAGAUGGGUCUUUGGAUGGAAACAGUGACUUAACAAUUAGGGGCCGCCUGCUAUCCCUUGUAGAAAAGGUGACAUACCUGAAGAAGAAACAAGCUGAAAAACCAGUUGAGAGUGACUCCAAGAAAUCCUCCACUCUUCAGCAGUUGAUUUCUGAGACCAUGGUCCGAUGGGCACAAGAGUCUGUCAUUGAAGACCCCGAAUUGGUGAGGGCCAUGUUUGUGUUGCUCCAUCGACAGUAUGAUGGCAUUGGGGGUCUGGUCCGGGCUCUGCCAAAGACCUACACUAUAAAUGGUGUCUCCGUGGAGGAUACCAUCAACUUGCUGGCAUCUCUUGGUCAGAUUCGUUCUCUGCUGAGUGUAAGAAUGGGCAAAGAAGAAGAGAAGCUUAUGAUUCGUGGAUUAGGGCAUGCCUCAUUUUAUUGUGCCUUGCUUUAUUGCACUUCGCAGAUAGUGUGUUUUUACAAAUUGAAGUUGAUUCAUGCUGGUAAGGGGGAAGCCAUCAGAAUCCGGUCCAUUUUGAGAUCCCUAAUUCCGCUGGGAGAUUUGGUGGGAGUAAUCAGCAUUGCUUUUCAGAUGCCAACGAUAGCCAAAGAUGGGAAUGUGGUGGAGCCUGACAUGUCUGCGGGGUUUUGCCCAGAUCACAAGGCAGCCAUGGUUUUGUUCCUUGACAGGGUCUAUGGGAUUGAGGUUCAAGAUUUCCUCCUCCACCUUCUCGAGGUUGGCUUUCUGCCAGAUCUCCGGGCUGCAGCUUCUUUAGACACGGCUGCUCUGAGUGCUACAGACAUGGCCUUGGCCCUCAAUCGGUACCUUUGCACAGCCGUGCUGCCUUUGUUAACGAGAUGUGCCCCUCUUUUUGCGGGCACAGAGCACCACGCUUCUCUCAUUGACUCCUUACUUCACACUGUGUACAGACUCUCUAAGGGCUGCUCUCUUACCAAAGCUCAGCGGGAUUCCAUAGAAGUUUGUUUACUCUCUAUUUGUGGCCAGUUGAGACCUUCUAUGAUGCAGCACUUACUCCGAAGAUUAGUAUUUGACGUGCCAUUAUUAAAUGAACAUGCAAAGAUGCCUCUUAAGCUGCUGACAAAUCAUUAUGAAAGAUGCUGGAAAUAUUACUGUCUGCCCGGAGGGUGGGGGAACUUUGGAGCUGCCUCCGAAGAAGAGCUUCAUUUAUCAAGAAAGUUGUUUUGGGGCAUUUUUGACGCCCUAUCUCAAAAGAAAUACGAACAAGAACUUUUCAAACUGGCUCUGCCUUGCCUGAGUGCAGUUGCGGGAGCUUUGCCUCCAGACUACAUGGAGUCAAAUUAUGUCAGUAUGAUGGAAAAACAGUCAUCAAUGGAUUCUGAAGGGAACUUUAACCCACAACCUGUUGAUACCUCAAAUAUUACAAUUCCUGAGAAGUUGGAAUACUUCAUUAACAAAUAUGCGGAACAUUCUCAUGACAAAUGGUCAAUGGACAAGUUGGCAAAUGGAUGGAUUUAUGGAGAAAUAUAUUCAGACUCAUCUAAAGUUCAACCAUUAAUGAAGCCAUAUAAACUAUUAUCUGAAAAGGAAAAAGAAAUUUAUCGCUGGCCAAUCAAAGAGUCUUUAAAAACCAUGCUGGCGUGGGGUUGGAGGAUUGAGAGAACGCGGGAGGGAGACAGCAUGGCACUCUGUAACCGCACUCGUCGAAUUUCUCAGACAAGUCAGGUUUCUGUAGAUGCUGCACAUGGUUAUAGCCCCCGAGCCAUUGACAUGAGCAAUGUCACACUGUCCAGAGACCUGCACGCUAUGGCAGAAAUGAUGGCUGAAAACUACCAUAAUAUAUGGGCAAAGAAAAAGAAACUGGAACUGGAAUCCAAAGGAGGUGGAAACCAUCCCCUGCUGGUGCCCUAUGAUACGCUGACAGCCAAAGAGAAAGCCAAGGAUAGGGAAAAAGCACAGGACAUCCUCAAAUUCUUGCAGAUCAAUGGCUAUGCUGUAUCCAGGGGAUUCAAGGACCUGGAGUUGGACACACCGUCCAUUGAGAAACGAUUUGCCUAUAGCUUCCUUCAGCAACUCAUUCGCUAUGUGGAUGAAGCCCAUCAGUAUAUCCUGGAGUUUGAUGGUGGCAGCAGAAGCAAAGGAGAACAUUUCCCUUACGAACAGGAAAUCAAGUUCUUCGCUAAAGUUGUUCUCCCUUUAAUUGAUCAGUAUUUCAAAAACCAUCGUUUAUACUUCUUAUCUGCAGCAAGCAGACCUCUCUGUUCUGGAGGACAUGCAUCAAAUAAGGAGAAGGAAAUGGUGACUAGCCUAUUCUGCAAACUUGGAGUUCUUGUCAGGCAUAGGAUUUCACUAUUUGGAAAUGAUGCCACAUCAAUUGUCAACUGCCUUCAUAUUUUGGGUCAGACUUUGGAUGCCAGGACCGUAAUGAAGACUGGCCUAGAGAGUGUUAAAAGCGCACUCCGAGCUUUCCUGGACAACGCCGCGGAGGAUCUGGAGAAGACCAUGGAGAAUCUCAAGCAGGGCCAGUUCACCCACACCCGAAACCAACCCAGAGGUGUCACUCAGAUUAUCAAUUACACCACAGUGGCUCUGUUGCCGAUGCUAUCAUCAUUAUUUGAGCAUAUUGGCCAGCAUCAGUUCGGAGAAGAUCUAAUAUUGGAAGAUGUACAGGUGUCGUGUUAUAGAAUUCUGACUAGCUUAUAUGCUUUGGGAACCAGCAAAAGUAUUUAUGUGGAAAGGCAACGUUCUGCAUUAGGAGAAUGUCUUGCGGCUUUUGCUGGUGCCUUUCCUGUAGCAUUUUUGGAAACUCAUCUUGACAAACAUAACAUUUACUCUAUCUACAAUACUAAGUCCUCAAGAGAAAGAGCAGCUCUCAAUUUGCCAACUAAUGUGGAAGAUGUUUGCCCAAAUAUACCGUCUUUGGAGAAACUCAUGGAAGAAAUUGUGGAAUUAGCCGAGUCUGGCAUUCGCUACACACAAAUACCACAUGUGAUGGAAGUCAUACUGCCCAUGCUUUGCAGCUACAUGUCCCGCUGGUGGGAGCAUGGACCUGAAAACAAUCCGGAAAGGGCUGAAAUGUGCUGCACAGCACUGAACUCCGAGCACAUGAACACACUCCUGGGGAAUAUAUUGAAAAUCAUAUAUAAUAACUUGGGAAUUGAUGAGGGCGCCUGGAUGAAGAGGUUAGCAGUUUUCUCCCAGCCCAUUAUAAAUAAAGUGAAACCUCAGCUCCUGAAAACUCAUUUCUUGCCAUUAAUGGAGAAACUCAAGAAAAAAGCAGCGAUGGUGGUGUCUGAGGAGGACCAUCUGAAGGCCGAGGCCAGGGGGGAUAUGUCUGAGGCGGAACUUCUCAUUCUGGAUGAGUUCACCACACUGGCCAGAGAUCUCUAUGCCUUCUACCCACUCUUGAUUAGAUUUGUGGACUACAACAGGGCAAAGUGGCUAAAAGAGCCUAACGCGGAAGCAGAGGACCUUUUCCGCAUGGUGGCCGAAGUGUUUAUCUACUGGUCGAAAUCCCAUAAUUUCAAGAGGGAAGAGCAGAACUUCGUGGUACAGAAUGAAAUCAACAAUAUGUCUUUCCUUAUCACUGACACCAAGUCAAAGAUGUCAAAGGCAGCUGUCUCUGAUCAGGAAAGGAAGAAAAUGAAGCGCAAGGGAGAUCGAUAUUCCAUGCAGACUUCUCUUAUUGUGGCAGCUCUGAAGCGAUUGCUGCCCAUUGGGUUGAAUAUCUGUGCCCCUGGGGACCAGGAGCUCAUUGCUCUGGCCAAAAACCGAUUCAGUAUGAAAGACACUGAGGAUGAAGUACGAGAUAUAAUCCGCAGUAAUAUUCAUUUACAAGGCAAGUUGGAGGAUCCUGCUAUCAGAUGGCAAAUGGCUCUUUACAAAGAUUUACCGAACAGGACUGAAGAUACAUCAGAUCCGGAGAAGACUGUGGAAAGAGUAUUAGAUAUAGCCAAUGUGCUUUUUCAUCUUGAGCAGAAAUCUACAUGUAUGCGCCGGAGAUAUUACAGUCUGGUGGAGCAUCCACAGAGAUCGAAGAAGGCUGUAUGGCACAAACUGUUAUCCAAACAGAGGAAAAGAGCAGUGGUAGCCUGCUUCCGGAUGGCUCCGUUAUACAAUCUGCCAAGGCACCGGGCUGUCAAUCUCUUUCUUCAGGGAUAUGAAAAGUCUUGGAUUGAAACAGAAGAACACUACUUUGAAGAUAAGCUGAUAGAAGAUUUAGCAAAACCUGGAGCCAACCCUCCAGAAGAAGAGGAAGGCACGAAGAGAGUUGAUCCCCUCCAUCAGCUCAUCCUUCUGUUUAGUAGAACAGCUUUAACAGAGAAAUGCAAACUGGAGGAAGAUUUUUUAUAUAUGGCUUAUGCAGAUAUUAUGGCAAAGAGUUGUCAUGAUGAGGAAGAUGAUGAUGGUGAAGAAGAAGUAAAGAGUUUUGAAGAAAAAGAAAUGGAAAAGCAAAAGCUUCUGUACCAACAAGCCAGGCUCCAUGACCGCGGGGCAGCUGAGAUGGUGCUGCAGACCAUCAGUGCCAGCAAAGGUGAUACUGGACCAAUGGUAGCUGCAACUUUGAAACUUGGAAUUGCUAUCUUAAAUGGUGGCAACUCCACAGUACAGCAGAAAAUGCUUGACUACCUCAAGGAGAAAAAGGAUGUGGGCUUCUUUCAGAGUCUGGCUGGUCUGAUGCAGUCAUGUAGUGUCCUCGACCUAAAUGCAUUUGAGCGACAAAACAAAGCUGAAGGACUUGGAAUGGUGACCGAGGAAGGAUCAGGAGAAAAGGUUCUCCAGGAUGACGAGUUCACUUGCGACCUCUUCCGCUUCCUACAACUGCUUUGUGAGGGACACAACUCAGAUUUUCAAAAUUAUCUGAGAACUCAGACUGGCAAUAAUACAACUGUCAACAUAAUCAUCUCUACCGUAGACUACCUCCUGAGAGUCCAGGAAUCCAUCAGUGAUUUCUAUUGGUAUUACUCUGGGAAAGAUGUUAUUGAUGAACAAGGACAACGGAAUUUCUCUAAAGCAAUUCAAGUAGCAAAGCAAGUCUUUAACACUCUCACAGAGUAUAUUCAGGGUCCUUGUACUGGGAAUCAGCAGAGCUUGGCCCACAGCAGGCUGUGGGAUGCAGUUGUGGGCUUUCUUCAUGUAUUUGCCCACAUGCAGAUGAAGCUGUCUCAGGAUUCCAGUCAAAUUGAGCUAUUAAAAGAAUUAAUGGAUCUUCAGAAGGACAUGGUGGUCAUGUUGCUGUCCAUGUUAGAAGGUAAUGUUGUUAAUGGAACCAUUGGCAAACAGAUGGUCGAUAUGCUCGUGGAAUCUUCCAACAACGUGGAGAUGAUUCUCAAGUUUUUUGACAUGUUCUUAAAACUAAAGGAUUUGACUUCUUCUGACACAUUUAAGGAAUAUGAUCCUGACGGCAAGGGAGUCAUUUCCAAGAGGGACUUCCAUAAAGCGAUGGAGAGCCAUAAGCACUACACGCAGUCAGAAACCGAGUUUCUUCUGUCCUGUGCAGAGACUGAUGAAAACGAGACCCUCGACUAUGAAGAGUUUGUCAAACGGUUCCACGAGCCCGCGAAGGACAUCGGCUUCAACGUUGCCGUUCUCCUGACCAACCUGUCCGAACACAUGCCCAACGACACUCGACUGCAGACGUUCCUGGAGUUGGCAGAGAGCGUGCUGAAUUACUUCCAGCCCUUUCUGGGCCGCAUCGAGAUCAUGGGAAGUGCCAAACGCAUCGAACGGGUUUAUUUCGAAAUCAGUGAGUCCAGCCGCACCCAGUGGGAGAAACCCCAGGUCAAGGAGUCCAAACGGCAGUUCAUCUUUGACGUGGUCAACGAAGGGGGAGAAAAGGAGAAGAUGGAGCUUUUCGUCAACUUCUGCGAGGACACCAUAUUUGAAAUGCAACUGGCGGCGCAGAUCUCUGAGUCGGAUCUGAAUGAGAGGUCGGCAAAUAAGGACGAAAGUGAGAAGGAGAAGCCCGAAGAGCAGGGGCCCAGAAUGGGUUUCUUUUCCAUUCUGACGGUCAAGUCGGCCCUGCUGGCUCUCAGGUACAAUAUCUUGACCCUCAUGCGAAUGCUCAGCCUGAAGAGCCUGAAGAAACAGAUGAAGAAGGUGAAGAAGAUGACUGUGAAGGAUAUGGUCACAGCCGCCUUUUCAUCCUAUUGGAGUAUGUUCGCGAGCCUCCUGCACUUCGUGGCCAGCGUUUCCAGAGGCUUUUUCCGCAUCAUUUGCAGCCUGCUGCUGGGGGGCAGCCUGGUAGAAGGAGCGAAGAAGAUCAGAGUGGCAGAGCUCUUAGCCAACAUGCCGGACCCCACUCAGGAUGAGGUGAGGGGGGACGGCGAAGAAGGGGACAGGAAACCCAUGGAAGCCACCCUGCCCUCGGAAGAUCUGACAGACCUGAAGGAACUGACAGAGGAAAGCGACCUUCUUUCAGACAUAUUUGGCUUGGAUCUGAAGAGAGAAGGAGGACAGUACAAACUCAUUCCCCAUAAUCCAAACGCCGGCCUCAGUGACCUCAUGAGCAACCCGGUCCCCAUCCCCGACGUGCAAGAAAAAUUCCAGGAACAGAAGGCAAAAGAGGAAGAAAAGGAGGAAAAAGAAGAAAACAAAUCUGAACCCGAAAAGGCCGAGGGAGAAGACGGGGAAAAAGAAGAAAAAGCCAAAGAAGAUAAGGGUAAACAGAAGUUGAGACAGCUCCACACACACAGAUACGGAGAGCCGGAAAUUCCCGAGUCUGCGUUCUGGAAGAAAAUCAUAGCAUAUCAACAGAAACUUCUAAACUAUUUUGCUCGCAACUUUUACAACAUGAGAAUGUUAGCCUUAUUUGUCGCAUUUGCAAUCAAUUUCAUCUUGCUCUUUUAUAAGGUCUCCACUUCUUCUGUGGUUGAAGGAAAGGAGCUCCCCACUCGCAGUUCGAGUGAAAAUGCCAAAGUUAGCAGCCUAGACAGCGGCUCACCCAGAAUCAUCGCAGUUCACUACGUCCUGGAGGAGAGCAGCGGGUAUAUGGAGCCCACGCUGAGGAUCUUAGCUAUUCUCCACACAGUCAUUUCUUUCUUCUGCAUCAUCGGAUACUACUGCUUGAAAGUCCCAUUGGUUAUUUUUAAGCGAGAAAAGGAAGUAGCUCGAAAAUUGGAAUUUGAUGGGCUUUAUAUUACAGAACAGCCUUCAGAAGAUGAUAUUAAAGGCCAGUGGGAUAGACUUGUAAUCAACACACAGUCAUUUCCCAACAACUACUGGGACAAAUUUGUUAAAAGAAAGGUUAUGGAUAAGUACGGAGAGUUCUAUGGCCGGGACAGAAUCAGCGAGCUCCUCGGUAUGGACAAAGCCGCUCUGGACUUCAGCGAUGCCCGGGAGAAGAAGAAGCCAAAGAAAGACAGCUCCCUAUCGGCCGUACUGAACUCUAUCGAUGUGAAGUAUCAGAUGUGGAAACUAGGAGUCGUCUUCACUGACAACUCCUUCCUCUACCUGGCCUGGUAUAUGACUAUGUCCGUUCUUGGACACUAUAACAACUUUUUUUUUGCUGCUCAUCUUCUUGACAUUGCUAUGGGAUUCAAGACGCUAAGAACCAUCUUGUCAUCAGUAACUCACAACGGCAAGCAGCUUGUAUUAACCGUUGGCUUACUAGCUGUUGUCGUAUACCUAUAUACGGUUGUGGCAUUCAAUUUUUUCCGAAAAUUCUACAAUAAAAGUGAAGAUGGUGAUACUCCAGAUAUGAAAUGUGAUGAUAUGCUAACGUGCUAUAUGUUCCACAUGUAUGUUGGGGUACGUGCCGGAGGGGGUAUCGGUGAUGAAAUCGAAGACCCAGCAGGCGAUGAAUAUGAAAUCUAUCGAAUCAUCUUUGACAUCACCUUCUUCUUCUUCGUGAUUGUCAUUCUCUUGGCCAUAAUACAAGGUUUAAUUAUUGAUGCUUUUGGAGAACUAAGAGACCAACAGGAGCAAGUCAAAGAAGACAUGGAGACCAAAUGCUUCAUCUGUGGGAUAGGCAACGAUUACUUCGACACGGUGCCACAUGGCUUUGAAACUCACACUUUACAGGAACACAACCUGGCCAAUUACCUGUUUUUUCUGAUGUAUCUCAUAAACAAAGAUGAAACAGAGCACACAGGGCAGGAAUCUUAUGUCUGGAAGAUGUAUCAAGAAAGGUGCUGGGAAUUUUUCCCAGCAGGGGACUGUUUCCGGAAACAGUAUGAGGACCAGCUAAAUUAGACUCAGACUCAGAUCACCUCUGAAAACCAAAACAUACACAUUCACUCUUUCUGCCUGUCUCAGUCUCUCCCUUGCUCUCUCUCUCUCUCUGCUCUCUUGGAAACAUCUUGCUGAAUUUGUGAAUUGCCAGCAUUCUAUGCUUUCUGGGAGCAGUGAACUCUGUUUCUGAAGACCUGACUGUGCUUCCCCCCCCGCCCCCCACCUUGUGUAUUUUCUUUGAGAAUAAAGACUGAAGAAUAACCUAAACUCAUACAAAGACAAACUAGGAACUCUGGAAAGAACACUGUUUCGGAUACUCUCAAUCGUAAUGCCAAUAGAUCGAUUUCCUUCUGAGACUCCUGGGAAGUCCCCUUGAGCUAUGGGACAGUCACAGAAAAGCGUGACAGCCACACUCAUCCGGCCUCUUUAUUUCACCAUCCUGAAAGGAACUUUCUAAUGGUCACAGAGCACUGUAGCACUUAAGAGAUUGCCGUGGACACCAGUUACGAAGGGAAAUAGUGCCUUACUAUAUGUGGGUUGAGCUAUGCAGAAGAUAUGUGCAUGAAAAAAAACAUCUUUAUUUUCUUUAUGUCGAUCUUUUUCUUUUUUCCUUAGAUUGAUUUUGUGGGCUUUUUUUCUUUAGUCUUUUCUCUGGUGGGGGAGGGUAAGAAAAGCAGUUUGUGCGCACCUUAAAAAAAAAAAAAAAAAAAGACAGGUGGCCUGUCUCAGGACAAGAGGAGGCUCUUCUCAUUCGCUAAAUUCACAUUUACCCUCCCCAUGUGCUCCUGCUCUUAUUUUGGUAAUGCUCUGAUGCAACAACGCAACUUUAUGAAAUCUUUGUAUGAAAACAAAAGACUGCAAAAAAAAUAUACUUUCAAAAGAAAUAAUUCAUUGCAUGUUUAUUAUGCAAGUUUAAAAGAACAAAGAAAACCUCCAGAAGCAAGCUGAUCAGCGUGAGAGAACGUUCAUGAUAAUUAUAUUCAUAGUAAUAAAGUGUCGUGGGCUUAACUGUACGCUCGGGGCCAGUGUCAUCCACCAACAAUGUGAUACAUUAUGAACUUGACAGUAGUUUUGGGUUUUUUUUCUUUCUUUUGGCCACCUGUGAUCAGUUGCUGAUUAAGGACUUCUUGUCAGUCCGUUUUUUAAUAUCAAAGCUGAAGCAAUAUCCAUUCAGGGAUUUCAUCAGUUGCAUCAAAAAGAAAAAAACACGGAUGAUAAUUAUCAAUCACUCCAUUUUGAGUCCUUUUAAAUGUAAUGCUUUACCUUUACAAAUAAAAAGACAGAUUCAGAAUGGAAGCAAGAUCAUUUUGCAAACAUUGGAGCUCUUUUAUUACGAGUCUGCUUGUUAAUUUUAGAAUUGUAAAACUGCUCUGAUUAAACUGUUUCACUAACGUU